AAGGCGGACGCCUUUUGCUCCCGUCCGUUACUUCUUGCAUCCAUGACCGUAAGCAUCUUUGUCAUUGAUUUACUUCCGCUCUUUGUGCUCCUUCAUACGUCCGGAGCCCUGCACCCUUUGGGAGGUACCGACCGCCUCUGCCGCCCUCCGGAGGUAUUCAAUAGCGGUCUGCAUGUCGGGAGGUACCAUGCAUAUCUGGCGUCUCUGUUCUGCAUCCGACGGAUCUGGGUGGCUGCAUCCUCCUUGUCGCCGUGCACAAAAGCUGCAGCGUUCCCGUAUAAAAUGCUGCAGACUGCAGAGGCGUCCGCAUCCCAGAGAAACUGUACCAAUCCUUCUCAAGAACACCAGGAAACUACUCGACGAUGACCCCCUUUUGCGUAAACGACAGAGUGUGGUACUGGUCCGCCGCCUCACAGACCGUUUUUGGGACGGUGGUGGCUAUCGAGCGGCUCGCGGAUGGUACGCAGCUCCUCGUCAUCGAGCGCGACACGGGCGGACGAGUCAGUUUCCCCGCCGAUACGAUCUUCAAGGUUACUCACUAGCUGAGUCGACGAAGAUGAGGCCGCCUGUAUUGGCUCCUCCGGGGUUUCCGCGCCGUCACCCGCAUCUUAGGCUCAUGGACUCAAACACGGCGCAUCUCAUGGACUUGAACACGGCCCUGCCUACAUCCUUAUUCUCUCGUACAACCUAGUCCUAUGUAUCAUAUGCGAUUCA